UGACGCAAUAGUGUCAAGAACAGAACUGAGGCUAGCGGUUCCCCCCACGAAGCUACACCCAUUUCUUGAAGUCUGAUGUGACCGGUGACUUCGAUCUUAGUCAUCGUGCGACACGAGUCACGUACGUCAACACGCCGCACCUGUGCUGAUAUAAAGCGGCGAUCGCACCGGCUUCCCCCGCCGCUCGGAGCUGCGAUGCUUCACCCCAGGAUGCGGAGUGACGGGAACAUGGAGAACCGGGAAUCUGCAGCCAUACGCCAGCAACGGAGGAUGAAGCAAACCUUGCAGUUUGUUCACAAGGACUCUGCCGACCUACUGCCCCUAGACGGGCUCAAGAAACUGGGAACCUCUAAGGAAAUGCAACCGCAUAACAUUUUACAGAGACGGUUGAUGGACGCCAAUCUUUCAAGAUGCAAACAGAACAAUCGCGGCGUUAAACCGCUUAACAAUGGUCCUGUACUGCAAAGCAUCGGGCCUCACCUGGGAAAGCAGGAGAGCUUCAUUCAGCCAGAGGAAGACGACUAUGUACUUGUGAACUGCAAGUGUUGGGGGCGGGAGAUGAAGGUUUUGAUUGACACUGGCUGCAAGGCCAACCUCAUGUCCACAGCCUGCGUUGAAAGACUCGGCUUAAAGGAAAGAGUGAACAUGAACAAAACUGAGACGGACUCCUUGCCACUGUGCCGAAACUAUCAGCCUCAGGGGCACAUCGAGAAAGUCGCGCUGGUAAUCGGACAAGUGAAGAUCGAGUGCACAGUGACAGUCGUUGAACAUGAGAAGCCUUUCAUGUCUCUCGGUGCCAGAACCUUGAAAUCACAGAGGUGCGUGAUUGACAUGGAAAAGCAAAUGCUGGUGCUUGGCAGGGUGGAGAGGGAGCAAGUCCAGUUUGUUGAUUGCAGAAGUGGACUGCUGGACUAAUGGUCUCCCUGACUCCAGGAAGUCUGGUCCCUCACCAUACUGUGUGGAAACAGAUCUUGAGGCCUCUAGCCAUAGGAAUGAAAAGAUGCCCCCCUCUGCAAUAACUGUCUCUUCACAGAAAAGUAAACAGGAGUCACCCAGCCAGGUCAAAAACGGAGGUCCGCAUUCAAGUCCUGCUCCUGCUGCCUCAGGAGCUCACUGCCCUAAAAAUGGCCACCUGUCUCACCGUUGCCAAGCUGAACUCUAUGUAAAGUUGAUUUUUUUUAUAUGUAUACAUAUAGUAAUAUUACAAAGCAACACCAAAUAAUCCAAAUAUUAUUGGUCAGUACUGUUAUUUUUUAGGUAAAAACAAAAAAACAAACAAGUUAGAAAAACAAGUGCUUUGUACAAAUGGUUGUGUACUGUUCAUAGGACAAACGUAGCUAUAGGAACAUGUGUGUAGGAUAGGUGUAAAUCUCCACACUGCAGCCCUGUGUUGUGUGUAGGAUAGGUGUAAAUCCCCACACUGCAGUCCUGCCCCUGUGUGUAGGAUAGGUGUAAAUCUCCACACUGCAGCCCUGCCCUUGUGUGUAGGAUAGGUGUAAAUCCCCACACUGCAGUCCUGCCCCUGUGUGUAGGAUAGGUGUAAAUCUCCACACUGCAGCCCUGCCCUUGUGUGUAGGAUAGGUGUAAAUCCCCACACUGCAGUCCUGCCCCUGUGUGUAGGAUAGGUGUAAAUCUCCACACUGCAGUCCUGCCCCUGUGUAUAGGAUAGGUGUAAAUCCCCACACUGCAGUCCUGCCCCUGUGUGUAGGAUAGGUGUAAAUCCCCACACUGCAGUCCUGCCCCUGUGUGUAGGAUAGGUGUAAAUCUCCACACUGCAGCCCUGCCCCAUUGUGUAGGAUAGGUGUAAAUCUCCACACUGUAGUCCUGCCCCUGUGUGUAGGAUAGGUGUAAAUCUCCACACUGCAGUCCUGCCCUGUUCAUCCUUUAGAAGGUUUUGCAUUGGAUCUGUGUUGUUAUGAAGAGACUUCCGUCUUAAUUCAUCAUCAUCUACGAACACAGUUUUUUUCCAGCAACUGAGUUGUUAGUCUAGUUCAGCACUUCUCUUUUUGUUUUCACAGUCAAGGUUAGUAUUUUAAAAUGUUUUUGAAGUAUUUUUAUAACUACAGGUAAAUCCGCUAUAUGUGAUGCUUUAGGAUAACUAGAUACCAAUAGUUUGCUAAUUUACACAAGCUGUACCUUUCUCACUAGUUUUGCUAUAGUAUUUUUAUAGGGAUACAACGUUAACACUGAUCUUCACACUUAAAUAUGAGUAAUGUUGUUUUGUAAUUUGUAUAAAGUACUGUAGUAUAUUGCUUAUGAUACAUAUUUUGUGUACUUUCAAUGAUGUCAAUCUGUACAAUUUAUAUAGAUGCAUUUAUCAAUGUUAUCAAUACAGUAAGUGAAUCACAUUCUUGUAUUUUUAAUGUGAGUAAAACUGAUGUGGGAAUGUUAACAGGGGGCAGCUUUUCCAUUACGAUCCAAACAUUUGGUGAUGUUCACGUACAGAGAUUAUGUCACUGGCAUCUUUAUCUUAUUAUUUAUGGAGAAGCCAGAUGACAGAUUACAAUUUCAGCAUCAGAUAAUCCCUCUGAAAACGACCCUUACUCAACUCCUGUGUGUGUGGUUAUUUGGUGCCUAAAACGAAUAAAAGAAAAUCUUCACUGAUCCGUUAUCUUACACAAUCACAGGGCAGAGGAGAGAGCGUAGCACAUCAUAUAACAAAGCAUAUUCAGAGGCAACACAUUUCCAGAACAUUCUUAGAACUGCAAAGGAAUCAUUCGGUGUGCUCCUGUCUUAUGGUUGUACAUUUCCAGGAGGAAAUUCAAUAGGGAAAUCCAUUUACUGAUCUUCUAUAACCACUUAGCCAGUACAGGGUCACAUUGUAAGCAAAAUUCAGCCAGAAGUAAUUACUGAUUAAAUGGCUGAGCGGUGCUGCUGGAAGCAGCCAUGAGAUAAAUAUGUGUGGGUGUCAUUGUUAAUGAUCUGGCCAGUAACAGGUGUGUGUGCAGGGUGACAGACCGUAGGAAGCUUGUUAACAACCGCUAAAAAAUAAUUGUCAGGCCUGACUGGAUAGGAAACACAAUUAACCAACCAAACGCAACACGAGCCCAGUCUCUGAGGCAAAAUCUUAAUUACAGACAACCAGAUGGACAAAAUUUACCUAUUUCUAAUCCUGAAUAGUGUGAUUUCCAGGUGUUUAUAAAUAACAGCCAUGUCUCAAUGCUCUGCUCCCUAAAGGGCAAGUUGCAAUUGGUUCUAUGAUUAUGAUCUCUGUCACUUUGAAGAAUGCCUUUUGAUGUGGUUACGUUCACACUCUGGGCCAAUUACAAGAGCUCAGGAAAUGAAUCGAGUUAAGGAUUAAU